CACCGUGUCCACCUCCACCGUCUGCCGCCAACGGCGGGGCCCCGCAGUGCACCGACAGUCAUCCGGUCAACUGCACACGCGCGGCCGCUCACACUAGCAUCACUCGCAAUUUUUCCCGAUCGAACGGCGGAUCAGCAGCAGCAGCAGCAUCAACAAGCAGAAUCCUUACGGGCACGUGCGCGCGACUUGGACCACCGGCUAACCAGACGAACGCUCGUCAACCCUAACGACCGUGACUUUUCACCGCCCGCGGCGUUGAAAUGCAGUCUCAAGCGAUGAUCAGUCUCACCGCCGAGGAAAUGGUAAAGUUCGAAGAAAAUUUCUUGAAUUUCAAACCACCGGUGCUCCCAGAAGAAUUAAAACACAUACCAGAUCGUGUGGGUGAGACUUUUGUUGGUAAAACAUUAUUUAUUACCGGAGGAUCAGGAUUUCUUGGAAAAGUUUUAGUUGAGAAACUUUUAAGGAAAUGUCCGGGCAUCGAAAGAAUUUAUUUGUUACUUCGGCCCAAAAAAGGAAGCCAUCCUAAACAAAGACUAGAAACUAUAUUUUCAUCAGUGUUAUUCGACUAUUUGAAAGAGUUACGAGGUAAGGAGGUAUUCGACAAAGUGUAUCCGAUAGCCGGUGAUGUGAGUGAACCGAAUCUGGCCAUCAGCGAAUCGGACCGCCGUUUGCUAGCAGACUCCGUGAACAUCGUUUAUCACGGGGCAGCCACCAUUCGUUUCGACGAAGCGCUAAAGAAAGCCGUCAUACUCAACACCAGAGGAACGAAAUUGGUACUGGAACUGGCACGGGAGAUGAAAAAAUUAGAGCUGUUCGUGCACGUGUCGACAUCGUACUGCCACUUGGACGAGAAAGUGUUGUUCGAAAAAGCGUAUCCUCCGCCGGUCGACCCGCACAAGAUUAUCCAGAGCAUGGAACUGUUGGACGAACCUUUCGUUGAAACCAUAUCCAAACAAAUUCUGGGCAGUUUCCCGAACUCGUACGCGUUUACGAAAUGUCUGUCCGAACAUCUGGUCGUGGAACAAAUGGAUGCCGGAAUGCCUUGCGUGAUUGCUCGCCCGUCCAUUGUGAUACCCAUCUGGAAGGAGCCUCUGCCGGGUUGGACGGACAACAUCAACGGGCCGACGGGCUUGCUGAUCGGUGCCGGCAAAGGAGUCAUACGCACCAUGUACUGCGACAACAAUGGUUACGCCGAUUAUCUGCCCGUCGACAUAACCGUCAACGGCAUAAUACUGCUCACGUGGAACUACAUAGGCAACAACGACAAAUCCAGGGUUAUUUGUCACUUGACUUCCAGUCAAGAAUGGAGAGUAACAUGGCAAGAAAUAAUUGAUAUAGGAAAAAGCAUUGUUACUACUGAAGUACCAUUAAACGGCGCAGUGUGGUAUCCUGGAGGCAGUAUGAAAAGCAGUAAGCUCGUCCAUAACAUAUGUGUAUUCUUUUUACACAUUAUUCCGGCUUACUUUUUGGAUGCAAUAAUUUAUAUGUCCGGUAACAAACCAUGUUUGGUGCGUAUUCAAGACAGAAUCAAUAAAGGUUUCGAGGUGUUUGAAUACUAUGCGAACAAUCAGUGGGAAUUCAGAAACGAACAUGUUCAUUACUUGAGAAGAAUUAUGAAUGAACGUGAAAAGUUCGAUUACAAGGUUGAUGGAAAUGACAUGAAUAUUAGAAGUUACUUCAGGGAUUGUAUUAUGGCCGCUCGUAUUUAUAUUCUAAAAGAAACGCCAGACACACUACCUAGAGCUAGAACUCAUAUGAAAAUAAUGUAUGUCGUUGAUAUAAUAGCCAAAAUUGUGUUGUUUGGUUUAUUAUUAUGGACCAUAUUUAGCUGGUCAGAUACAAUCAUAGCAGUUGUUCUAUUUUUAUGUAAUCUUGUACGGCUUCUCUUCAGUUUAGUGCUAUCAGCCUUUAGUGGCGACACUUCUGCUGAAUCUAUAACUAAUAAAGAACUUUAAUGAUACCUCAUUACAAUACUUUAAAAUUAUAUAUUAUAUUAUUAUUUAUGAUAAAAUGAUUCUCACCAAUAUUUUUCUAAUAUAUUAUCAGAAUAUAUGAAAUCAAAUUGAUUCAUUUUAUUGUAAUAUAUACACUACAGUUUUAUACCAAAUUGCAUUAUAUACAGUUUAAAGGCUCGCAUGAACAAUUUUUGUAUUAUUAUAAUAGUUUUAAUUAUAUUUUAAGACUCUUGUUAGUAUAUUUAAUUGGCUUAAUUAUCUACCACUAAUUUAGACUUAUUGUCAGUUAUAU